CUCGCCUCCGCCGUCGCCUCCCUCGCCCAGCCCGCCUGCGCGCGUCACGUCGGUCCGCGUCAGCCGCAUGCCCGCCCAGGGCACCCUGUCGGGCGAUAGCAGCAAGCCCGUGGUGUGGUACAACGACGCCAGCUUCCGCAGCUACCGCAAGCCGCGCAGCCCGCUGAACCUGGUGUUCUGGAGCGCGCGCCGCCAGUGCACCGCCACGGUGGGCGUGUGUGGCGGCUGCCCGCGUGCCUGGGCUGUGCCGUCCAACGCCACGCAGACCACGACGACGCUGCCUCUGUACUUCCGCGAGCCCAUGCAGCUGGACAGCAUCACCAUCACGCAGCUGCAGAACCCCGGCGUGCUGUCUGUGGAGCUGCUGCCGUGGCCCGCCACGCCCAUCCCUGAGCUGCCCGGCGUGGCGCCUGUGUCCGGCCCCAAGGGCCAGCCCGUGUACUCGGCCGCGUCUGACAGCACGCCCUGCGGCGGCGACCUGGUGAUCAGCGUGCCUUCCGACCGCUCGGGCAGCUCGGAGAGCGUGCCUCCUCGCGGCAGCCAGUCGGAGCUACCGCCGCGCCUGCGCCGCACGGCCGUGGGCGGCAUCCGCAUCACCGUCAAGGCGCAGGCCAAGGGCGCCAAGCCCACCUUCAUUUCGUCGGUGCGCUUCAGCGGCCGCGUGCUGUACCCGGCCAACCCCGCCGCGUACGACGGCAUGUAGGGAGCUGGCGUAGGCAGGGUAGCUGCUGGCUGAGUGGCCGAGUGGUAGUGAAGCAUGUUGGCGGCUUGCAUGAGAGCAUUGGUAGAAGCGGACACGAACCCAAUCCAAGUGAUGCAUGCAAUUCAUGUACGGACAACCUAGCUUAUGGCAUUUCUUGAUUCUUACGGCGGUGGCGGCGGUGGCUUAGUAAUACCAGGACCUAAUCAUGCAUAUUCCUGCGGCCCCGCACUGGGGCACACUAGCUCAUUACGGACCCUGCUGGCUGGGUAACGGUGACAACGGUGUUAUUGAUUGAUUGGUGUGGAUCAUGAUUGGCCUCUAGCACAUAGAGCUGGCCCUAGAACGCAGCACGCAAUUCGUGUGGUGCAGCAGCGCUGAACAGGUGCAUGCAUAGCAGCAAAAAGCGUAGGUCCGUGUGAUUGACCUUACAGGGGGCGUUGGGGAAGGGAUGUGGCCACCAGCACGACACCUCGUGGCUGCGCCGCAAUGCGUGAAUGCUAUGAUUGAGGGCACGGCCCUCAGGUCCCACAAGCAAGGACCGCAGUGAACCGGUCAACGCUUUGUGUAAUCCACUACCAGAUGAAGCUUGCUGUCCGCUCCAUGCCUCAGCCGCCACCGCUCCAGCCACCGCAGCCGAAAAUCUGAGUGCCGGCGUGCAAUCUGGGUCGGGUCUGCAGCGCACCGUACACCGCAAUCCUGGGAUGUUGGGAUGGAACGUGGCUGAAAAUCGAGGGCCGAUCUAGGCUGUGCGUCAAAUGCCACGACAUUCGACGGGUGUCAGUACAUGCUCAGCAUGUCACAGGUGUGUCCGGGCGUAUCGCAGUUAUGGGCUUAUGGCACCACAAAGCACAUGAUGUGAAUGGCAGCAAACCCUGACGUAGCGUCUGUGCAGGGGAACGUAAACAGAGCGGGCGGUGAGCCAUGACAACAUCCCUUGCGCCAGGGGCCGCGGCCUGCGAGGCCUGUCCGUGCGAGACUGCGAGGCACCUCCGAUGCCCGGAACCUCACCCCGCGCUCAGCCCCUUUGUGCCCUUCCAGUGUGGUGUUUGUGCAUGCAAGCUAUAGAUGCAUAGCGUCCAUGGGUGAGGCUGGACUGACAACAGCCAGUUGCAUGGUCAGCCUGCGAGCAGGGCGGCACGCGGGUCGGACAUGGUCCAGCAUUCGUGCAACGGGCUCUGAGUUCCUGUGGCCCAAGGUGCUGCUGGAUAGUCAUACGUAUACU